AUGGAGAAGCUUGAUGAGGUACAGAUCCAUCCCGACUUUCCAUAUCACAAAGUCCUUAUUGGAGUGCAACUGCCUGCUCAUCUGAGAGAAAGAAUGAUCCAGUUCUUGUCACGACAUUACGAUUGGUUUGCAUGGAGCCAUGCAGAUAUGAUUGGGAUAGACCCUGAGAAGAGAAGGAAAUUCGCUCCUAAACGAAACAUAGUGAUUAACGUAGAAGUUCAGAAGCUGUUAGACAAUGGGUCUGUAGUGGAGGUACAGUACCCUGACUGGUUGGCCAAUGUCGUUGUUCUGAAAAAGAAGAAUGGCAAGUGGAGAGUCUACAUUGAUUUCACAGACUUGAACAAAGCUUGCCAGAAAGAUCCAUUCCCGCUGCCACAUAUUGACAUGAUGGUCGAUGCGACGGCUGGACACGAGUUAUUGAGUUUUAUGGACGCCUUUUCGGGAUAUAACCAGAUUUUGAUGCACCUGGAAGAUCAAGAGAAGAUGGCUUUUAUAACUGAAAGGGGAAUCUAUUGUUAUAAAGUGAUGCCCAUUGGAUUGAAAAAUGCUGGAGCCACGUACCAGCGACUGGUGAACAAGAUGUUCUCAAAAUACCUGGGGGACACUAUGGAGGUGUACAUCGAUGAUAUGUUGGUGAAAUCUUUGGACAUUCAGAGACUUAAUGGGAGGGUAGCGGCACUCAGUCGUUUCAUUUCCAGAUCAUCUAAUAAAUGUUGUCAUUUUUUCUCCACUUUGAGGAAAUCUGUUAACUAUAAGUGGACCCCUGAGUGUGAGGAUGCCUUGAAUCAGUUGAAAGCUUACCUUACUUCCCCUCUUUUAUUGUCUAACCCAAAACUCGGGGAGCAGUUGUACACGUAUUUGGCUAUUUCUGAAGUAGCUCCAGAGGCGAACGAAGAACUACUUUGCAUGGUAGAGCAAGCACCCAAAGUUUGGACUCUAUAUGUAGAUGGUUCUAGUAAUGUCAGAGGCAGUGGUCUAGGAAUUGUAUUGAUUUCCCCAAAAGGUAGUGUGAUUCAACAGGUAGUUAGAUGCGGUUUCCAUGCAACCAACAAUGAAGCAGAGUGUGAAGCUCUGAUCAUUGGUCUGAUGUUGGCUAAGGAGCUCGGAGUAACGAGUUUGAAGGUUCACUCGGAUUCGCAACUGAUAGUGAAUCAGUCUCUCGGUUCUUACCAAGCCAAAGAUCCCACGAUGACUUGCUAUUUGGAGCCAGUGAAGGAAUUGCAACUGGCAUUCGUAGAGUUUUCUAUAACUCAAAUUCCACGUGCGGAGAAUUCGUAUGCAGACGCACUAGCUAACCUUGGGUCGUCAAUUCAAACAACCCAAAGACAAACGAUUCCUUUGGUACAUUUGAAGUGGCCGUCGAUCAAAAACCAGAAGGGUUCAGAAGAACAAAAUAACAGUGAAGUCUUCCUAGUUAGCUUGGACCAAACUUGGAUGACUCCGUUCAUUCAGUACUUGGUUGAUGGUAUUUUGCCAGCAGAGAAGAAUGAAUCAAGACGAUUGGUCGCCAAAGCUGCACGAUACACAGUGUAUGAUAGGCAGUUUGCCAGAAGGUCUUAUUCAGGUCCUUUACUACGAUGUGUAGAUCCAGUACAAGCUCAGUAUGUACUAGCAGAGUUGCAUGAAGAGGAAUGCUACAACCAUUCUAGCGGUAGUAGUUUGACUCAUCGUGCAUUAACGACUGGGUACUAUUGGCCAACGAUGAGGUCAGAUGUAGUUGAUUAUGUGCAGCGAUGCGACAAAUGCCAGAGAUUUGCUCAGAUUCCUCACAUGUCGCCAGAGAGACUCACUCCUAAUGUGGCACCUUGGCCUUUCAUGAAGUGGAGGAUGGAUAUAGUUGGCCCCUUACCUAAAGCGUUGAGUCAUCGACAAUACUUUCUGGUCACCAAAUGGAUAGAAGUUGAGGCUUAUUCACUGAUUAAAGACGUUGAUGUGAAGAGGUUUGUCUGGAAGAAUAUCAUUUGCAGAUUCGGAGUGCCUAAGGAGAUUGUGAAAGAUAACGGGCCACAGUUUGCUACUCAGGAGUUCUGUGCCAAUUGGGGAAUAAGGGUGAAUUUUGCAACGCCAAGACAUCCACAGUGUAACGGUCAAGCGGAAGCAUCCAACAAAACCUUAAUCAAAACCAUGGAGAAGCGUUUGGAGAAAGCCAAGGGAGCUUGGGCUGAUGAACUACCUAGAGUAUUGUGGUCCUAUAAAACUACUUCACGGAAGCCUACCAAUGAAACACCUUUCUCUCUUGCCUAUGGAUCUGAGACGGUCAUACCUGUUGAAGCUGGGCUCCCGUCUUUGGAUACAAUUGAUGAACUCAGAGACCGGGCGCUCACAAGGACAGUAGCUUAUCAUGACAAAGUAUCAAGGUACUUCAAUAAAAAUGUUCGAACUAGGACAUUCAAGGAAGGAGAUAGGGUGCUUCGCAAGGUUUUCGAGAUUACCAGAGAGCUGAAUGCUGGGAAGUUAGGUCCAAAUUGGGAAGGCUCAUAUUUGAUUGAUAGAGUGUUAGGAAAUGGCACCUAUAAGCUACGUAAGGAAAGCGGUGAAGUCAUCUUGCAUCCUUGGAACGCCAUACAUUUAAAGUUGUACCAUUCCUAA